AUGGCAGGUAAGUGCCAUAAAGUUCGUAUCAUCGGCUCUAAUAUUAAUACUCCUACGACAGAAACCAUUCCUAUGAUUGCUUGGUGGUUCCUUGACAAGAAAAAAGCAUUCGAAACCGAACAGAAAUAUAAGGAGACGAAUAAGAGAAUCACAGAAGUUCUCCUUGCUCAAGAACAGGAACGUUCAGCUCGGCAGGAAGCCGAACGUAAAGAAGAGCAAGAACGCUUAGCCCGAAAAGAAGCAGAGCACCGCGAAAACCAAGAGCGUAUAGCUCGAGAACAAGCGGAACUUAGAGAAGAUCAGGAGCGCUUAGCCCGAGAACAUUCCGAACGUAGAGAAGCGCAGGAACGUCUAGCCCGAGAGGAAGCAGAGUCCAGAGAGGAACAAGAACGCCUAGCUCGGAAUGUAGCAGAGGCUCGGGAGAUACAGGAACGCAUAGCCCGAGAACAAGCAGAGCAAAGAGAGGGACAAGAACGCUUAGCUCGACGAGAGGCCGAACAAAGAGAAAAGCAAGAACGUCUGGCGCGAGAGCAAGCAGAAUACAGAGAAGAACAGGAACGUCUAGCUCGACAAGAAGCAGAGCUAAGAGAGGAGCAGGGACGCUUAGCCCUAGAACGAGCAGAACUUAACGAACGUUUAGCUCGAGAGGCCGAGAGGAAGGAAAGAUACUGGCGUGAACUACGCGAACUUGGCGUCCUACCAGACAGCAAAAUCACCGACGCCGAUAUUAAAUAUGCCCGCACCGUAGCUGGAUACGAAGACGGAGCUGUCAAUAUCGCCCUUAUCGGCAACCGAGGAACGGGUAAAUCCUCCCUCAUCAACUCGUUGCGCGGUCUAAGUCACGGCGAUCGAGAGGCGGCCGAAGUGGGCGAUGUCGAAACAACUUUGAGACGGAAGAAGUAUAGAGACAGCAAAGGAUUCGUCUGGUAUGAUAUGCCAGGAUCAGGAACUCGAAACAUUUCGGCGUGGCAGUAUUAUUAUGAUAACGAUCUUUACAUUUACGACAAGAUCGUGCUCGUCCACGGUAGCGCCCUGACCGAAUCAGACUUGAGGGUGCUGAAGCUAUGCCAAUACAGAAAGCAAGAAUGGGUUUCUGUACGGUCUAAGGCCGAUUUGCACAUAUGGAACUAUAAACGACGAAGGGGAAUGUGCGCCGCCGAUGCCCGCCAAUUCUAUAUCGACGCCGUUCGGUCGGACACAUCCACGUAUAACGCACGGAACGGGGAUUCGGUCGAAGAUUUAAAGCUGUCCGUGAAAGACUACAUAGUCUCCGACAUGGGUGUUUUCCAGCUUGUCACCGGCUCCAAACCAUUCGAAGACCCUGUCCAACAAGUAAUCGACGAAGCCGGGUUCUUAGAGGAAUUGGGAUUGUUGCCCGGAUAA